CCAAGAGCACCCUCAAAGCGAGAAGGAAGAGCACUUUUUUGCCCCUCCUGGCCUAAUAUCCACACACAUGGCGUCACGUACGCAAAAUCGCGACGUCGGCUCGAUCGCAUUCACCGAGUCCCUCCGGUCGGCGAACGGGACACGUAGCAGCAAAGACUCGAUCCCGUACUUUCCCACGCCGGGUCGGCGGCGCCGUGAGCUGAGCUGUUCCGCUCGGUGAAUCCGUCGUCUUCGUCACUCCUUUUUUCUCCUUCGGCUUUCGAUUCUAAGUUGGAAACCCCAAUCCAGCCAUUUCAAUUCCCCCCCUCCACUCUUUUCCAUAACUGGCCCAAAUAAAAUUUCGAAACCCUAGAGCGAGAGAGAGAGAGAAAGGGGGAGAUCUCGCUCUCACAAUGGCGAGCAGCUGGAGGAGAACGAUGGGGAACGUGCGGUCGUUCGUGAGCAAUUCGACGGGCGGCCUCCGGGGCGGCGCCAACCUCGCUUCCUGGGUCGUCGCCGGAACGCUGGCGUACUUCCUCUGGGUCAAGCCAUCUCGGGACCUCAAGCGCGAGCAAGAGGAGAGGGCGGCCGUUGCGGCCUCGGACCCUUACAAGUUCGUCGACCGGACCCGGCCGAUUGGCGACCCGCAGGUUAGUGCAAAAUGGUUUGAUAUACGGCGGCAAGAACAGAACUGAGAAACCGAAGGAAUAGCUGCUUGUACAAUGUAUGUGGGAGGAUGCUCUCCUUGCCUUUAGUCUCCAUUUGGAAGAUCCCUAUCGGCACCCCAGAACAGAACGAUGAAUAAAAAAUAAAUAAAGCUUUACCAUCAAUUAUGUACAUGACUUCAGAAGAAUUUUGCAGGGAUUUGGAUGAGGGAUGGUUAUAUUAUAUAUUCAGAAGAAUUUACCAUGUAUUCUUGGAGACUC